AUGCGCGAUCAACAACCUCGACAAUGGUCGAUAACUACUAAGCCAAUCCACUUUGUCCAAAUUUGUGUGCCAUGUGAUGGCCACUUGCAUCCUCACCACCGCUUAGUCCUGUUGCUUCACGGCUGGAUGGGUCAUUUCCAAGACAUGGUUUCCCUUGGGAAUAGGCUUGCUCGGGAUGGUUACAGAGUUAUUAUUCCAGAUCUUCCUUUCCAUGGUAAAUCUGUUGAUUGCCGUCCUCGUAGCCUUCGAGAGGCUGCACUUCUUCUUGUAAAGGCAUUGGCAGACAUUUUUGCGGUGGACCAGGGAUCUCACUAUCCUCUCAUCAUCGGUGGAUACUCUCUCGGCGGUCGCCUGGCUCUAGAAAUAGCCGAUGACCUGUCUCGCCGUUCUCUGCGCUGUUUUCGGCUGCAGGCUCUGCUGUUAAUCAGCUCAGCUCCCCCUCCGAUGAACGACAAAGAACGCAGAGAGAGAGCAGCAGAUGGGGAGCGCAUCGCGACCAGACUCCAGACCGUGAAGUCUUCAAUGGAUUUCGGGGAUUGGCUCUUAAAUUCUUGGUAUGCCUCACCGAUGUGGCAUCAUUUUCCAGAUACUGACAGAUUCACCUACAUGUUGACGCACCGCCACAUUACCUUUGAUAGUCACAAAACGGCCUGGACAGAAGCUGCCCUCUACAUGGCAAGGUAUCCAGAGCCCAAUUCCGCUACCCUCGAUGUUCUCGAUGUUCCAACACUCUAUGUACAUGGCGAUUGUGACGAGAAGUAUGCAGCGUUCUCCACGCGAAUGGGGAAGCUGUUUGUUAACUUCUCGACUGAGGCAGUUAUAGGAUCUGGACACAAUGUCAUAAUGCAAAAACCAGCCGAGUGUAAUCAUUCUAUCUCUCAAUUCCUUGAAGCGAAUUUCCGUCCCUCAACCUCCGAUGAUACGGUCAAGAUUCUUGCAGUGAGGAUACUUAGAUAUUCAUUGCCCCUCAAAAAUCCGAUGAAGGUCAACGGGAUCAACGUACAUCAACGUGAUGGUAUGUUGUUAGCUCUGUCAUCGGACGACAAUGGUGUCACUGGAGUGGGAGACAUUUGUCCACUCCCAGGCCUGCACACGCAGAAUAUUGAAAAAUGCCUGACGGAAGUUCAGUGUCUGUCGCACGUUUUGCAUGUCACGCCAGGGCUAUUUGGACAUCAAUGUUGUGUGUUGCUGAACAUGGAUAUGACCUUACGGACUAUGUCACCGGUGAUUAAGAACGCAUUUACUUCUGCAGCUCUACAUCUCUUGAGUCAAUUCAAAAAAAUCAGUUUGAAAAGCCUCAUCAGGCAUCUGAUGGUUGCCUGCAGUAUAGACCAGACUUUCCUAGAGAGGCCAUGCCGAAGCCUUCCACUGAAUGGUGUGUUGCCGCGGUCCAUUCUAAAUGUUGAUGUCACUUCCCAUUCUCAAUGCAAGGAAAGGCUUGUUAACUUCAUGGAACAAAGUCCAUUUCAGACUCUGAAAGUGAAGGUAGGAGUCACAGAAGAAGCAAUAAAAGAAGGCGAAAUCCUAAAAGCAACGGUUCUUGAGGCAGAGAAAAAAGGACGCAUCGUGCGUCUUGAUGCUAACCGGGCCUGGACCAAAGAACAAUUCGACGCGAUCAGAUCUUGCCUUGGGACCCAGUCCAGCAAGAUCGAUUUCUUAGAAGAACCGUUCAGAGAAAGCAGCGAACUCGAAGCAUACCUAUUAGACUCAGAUACCGGGCCACGUAUUCGCGUGGGCUUAGAUGAGAGCAUUUCUGAUUGUAAUCUACGGGAAAUUGCCUCAUUAGCUAACUCGGCAGAUUGUGGUGCAUUAGUGGUGAAACCAGCAGUGAUAGGUUUGCUCCGGGAUAUCUUUAAGCUACGCGAGAUUGCGGCUUCUAGUAACAGUAGAGUUGUCAUGAGUAGUGUUUUUGAGAGCGGAGUUGGGCUCGCUUGGGCCGCAGUUCUAGCCGCUGUAUGUCAGACCGAGGAAACGAGUCAUGGGUUGGGGACGUUUACACAUCUUUGCAAAGAUGUGAUUGUCCCCGGAUUUUCGGACUCCUGUUUCUUGGAAUCCUCUAGUUUGUGCAUAGAUGGUUGUGCUCGCUUUCUAUCCUUCGCUGCUCAUAACGUUGUCAUGAAAGGGACGCUAAUGUAGGAGAAAAGCAGUCGCGACAGACGCAUUGACGGUUUCUCUGUCUGGAAAUAUUAGGAUAUGUCGUUUUACUUGAAAAUUUCAAUGAGCAGUUUCUUUAAACACCUGAAAGACGGACGUUGGUAUAUCUGCGGGAAUAGGCCACAUGUUCUCGUAAA